AUGCCUAAUAAGCAUGGCCCUCAGCAAAAAACCAAAGCUAAAGUUCCAAAACCGCCACGCAGUUCUGGCCUCAAUCCAUCUGGUGAACCAGCAACUGGCCAGCUUCACAUUCCUACUGAGCAACUGUAUAUGUCUCAGUUCAACUUCAAUGCACAUGCACCCAGUGGAGGAGUUCCUACCCCCAUAUCAAGUGGGAGCACAUCAUUCUAUGGCUGGAAUAUGCAGGACACUGACCUCGACGGCCGCUUCCCUCAUGGCCAAUACUACAGCACUUCAUCCUUGGAGGACCCCUUCCAGGGCUCUUCUUUCGAAUCCUUACCUCAAGGCUUCAGCCACAACUUUCCUUCAAGUAGUACCCCCCUCCAGGGUACUGGUACAAGCAUGAGCGCGUUGGAGAUGACGCUGAUCCAGCGAGGUGAGAUUCCGCCAACUGAUGUGAUGCACACAAUGGGCCCACCAAGGGAAACAAUGAAGCGAGCCCGACGAGCGAUGCCACCUAUGCCACAUAUGAUCCCUUACCCUUCCACAUGCCCGCAGGGCAAUUCAGAAUCUCUACCAUCUGCAGUCGAAGAUUCAACUUUGCAAUCUGUAACAUUGUCAAUGCCUCAACCUGCAUGCAUCAAACUAUUGGAUGACAUCAUUGGCCAGUCCAUGAAAAUGGCAACACAAUUGGUCACACAUGAAUUAUUUGGAGAAAAGGCUAUGGCAGUUGACAAAGCCGCCAAGAAAAUCAUGCUGAACAAAGUUAUCUGGGACUCAGUACCACAUUGCUUUGCACCUAAUGCAACAUUCAAAGAUUUUAUCUCAAAUAAACAUCGCAAUGAUGUUAUGAAUGCAUUGUUGUCAACUUGCGGCAAAUUCGCCGAAUACACGUGCAAGGGCGUCUUCCAUGCAUAUCGGCUUUUCCCUCAACUGCAUAUUGCCACACCCGCUGUCAUCUAUCACAAACACUUAAUCGACAAGAUCACAAAAGAUGGUGAUGGACUCGCUUUCAUGCAUGUUUAUAGCUUCGAUCAAAAUGGACAGGUCAAAAUCAAGGCUAAAUUCCAAAAUAUGUUCAUCAUGUGCAAUAUUAUCUGUUUUGUUUGGCACAGGUUGCACCAAGAGUUCCUCGGCAAGACUGAGGAACAACAAAUCGAUAAUUUGAAGUUCAUGUGGGCACUUGCCGGCGCAGCGACAUUCUGCAGCCUCGAUGAACAGUAUGAAGUUCUGGUGAAAAUGGAUGGUUUUGGAGGAAUGGGAUCCAAUCGCAAGUUCCUGUAUAUUCUCAGUGCAAUGAACAACCUUUCCAGUGAUGAGCGAGUGCAGUUUCACAACUUUUUGCAGUACAUGUUAGUGAUUGGACCGUCGCAGGCACCCUCAUAG